AUUGAAAAUGUUAUUAAUCGUUUGGAUCAUAGUAAUCCUGCUGGAACACCUGUCGGGCUGUCAAAUAAAUUCCAUUCAUCAUCACCUCAAUUCGGCCCUGAAAUGUCCUACACUACCCAGAAGGAGUUCUUCAACGUGCCCUUCCACAAUGAGGCACCUAAGCUUCCGGAGCGUAAGCGUAGCGAUGGUGCUCUCAUGACGUACGACCUGUGCACCGAUGGGCGAGCAUGGGCGCUGGACAAACAGAAACGCUCCAACUACAUUCUGGACGUGGUGCACAAGACGCGUUUCAAAAAGGCGAUGUUGCAUCCGGAAGGUCAGUUCGAACUCUCGAAAGACUAUCUGAUCCAUCUGGAUGUGGAAGACUUGGCUGAUUACAUCCUGAGCCUUCAAGCGGAGGUCAAGAGGAAAAACGAAUCGGUUCAACAGCUAGAGGAGGCUCGCCGAAGUAUGGGCGAAGAGUUGGACGCGAUUCAGAUGAAGUCCGACGAGCUGAACGUAAUUCAACAGCGUUCAGCAAUGCUAGCUGAGGAACGUAACGAUUUUGAGCAACAAAUGGAACAGUUGGAAAUGGUGAUUGUGGAUCUGAAAGACCGUGCCGAUCGGUACGACCUGCUUGCCAACGAAAAUAAGCUGCUGCGGGACCAAUUGAAGCAUCAGCGUAUGGAAGCUGCUGACAGGAUACGGCUAAUCAACGCCGAGGUAGAGGCGAAUUUUAACCGAAUGCGCGCCGAAGACUGUGAGAAGUUGGAAGCGGAAUUGGCAAUGUUUAAGGCACAGUAUGAAGAUAUGCGACAGCAGAAAAGGGGAUUGAAAGAACAGCUGCAGACCGCGCUUAUGAAACAGUCCAAGAUGAUGGAUUUGAAAAGGCAAUUGGCGCUUGAGCAAGUUCAUAGAGAGAAAGUCGAAGAUGAAUUGGAGCAUCUACUGUCACUUUAUGAUCAACAGUUCCAAACUUUGGGCGAAAAAUCGCUUCCAGCAAUUACGGGUAUGAACGAACAGAGUGCAGAGCGUUGGGUUGACAGUCGAGUAUUGUCAUCGGCUAUCGAACCAGUAGUCUCUGCUUCAGAAAAUGUGAUGAAGAAAUGUGAAAACUGUAAAAAUAUUGAGAUGGAGCUUGAAAAUCGUCGACGUAUUCAAAAGGAGGAACUAGAAGUUCGUGAGAGUCAAAGCAAAGCCUUGCAAGAGCAAGUUAAUUUGCUGAAAAAGGAAAUGGAUCUGACCGCAAGUGCAAUGAAAGAUGAAGACAAAUCACGUAAACUAACGGCAGAUUUUAAAAACUACCAGGAUGAAAUUGAAAUGCUGCGGAAAUCUGAACGGGAAGCACAGCAGAAAUUAUUAGACGUGGAACAGACCUUGAAACAAACAGAGGCAAAAUUGGUAGAGGAAUCUAGGAAAAAAGAAACACUCGAAACUGCCGCUUUGAAAGAAUCAACGCAAAACGCAGAUGACAGCACAGCAAAAGAAAUGAUCAGACUUCAGGAAAUGUUGAAGAAUGCACAAACAGAACUUGACAAAAAAUCGAAGGACUUCGAAGAAUUGACCCAAGAUAAUAAACGACUUCAAGCUGAGGCAGUGACACGGAAUGAGGAAAUAGAAAAACUGCAGGAAAUUCAAAGGCAGCAAUCAGCUCAAAUUGAAGUCUCCAACAUUGAACAAGCACAAAAAUCCGAACAAAUGAUAGUUUCGGGUGGCGCGGAGAUCGAUUCUUUGAAAAAGGUCAACGAUGACUUACAAAAAGAGAUAGCACGAUUGUUAGAAGCUCAAAGUAUGACCCAGGCUGAUGCAUCGAAGGCAGCGGAAAGUGAAGCAGGAUUGCGGGCAACGAUUGAUAAUCUGCUCUUGGAAUUGCAAGACGCCAAAGCAAGGGCUGAACAUAACGAGGAAACUAUUAGAAAAAUGGAGGUGGAAGUUGAAAUGGCCCGAUCAAGUCAGCAGUUAGCAGAGCCAGAACCUGCUGUGAUUGAUGCACGCGAGACAGAGCUAUUGAAUGAAAAGAUUAGAGAACUAGAGGAGAAACUAAAAGAAUGUGAAACAACGAAAAAUCAGUUAAGACGUGAAACAACAACAAAUGAAGCUGAUCAAGAUGAGAAUCAGGCAGAACUUGACGUUUCCUCGCAGAAAAUUUUUGAAACGAAAUCUGAUAUACUUGAAAUAUUAGGUAGCGCUGAACUGAUGACAAAUGCAGAAGAAUCGGUACAUGAAAAUGGUGAUGAUGAAGAAGUUCGUUCCAGUGCAUCUCAGGAAACCAUAAUUGCUGAAGAAGCAGAAAAACAGCGUUCGAGUGUGAAGUUAGAAAAAGAUGACGAAGCAGGGGUUGAGGCGGAUGGUCGUCGUUCUGCUGACAGGAUUACUAUAGAAGACGAAGAUGAUAUCGGAGAAGAAGAUAUUGAUGAUGUGGGCGUUGCCGAAUCUUUACCAACAAAAGAUAGCAACGAAGAUACAGAGCGAAGGGCAUCGCAAGAACAAAAGACACGACCAGAGUCGAAUGGGUUCAUGGACGGCGAUAUCAUCAGCAUAGGAACUUCUGAUCCGGAUAAAACAAGGUUGAUUGCUAUUAAAAUUGUUCGCCAUGGGAUAGACAUUUUGGUGAUUGCUGAACUGGAUCAUCUACACCGGGAAAUAUGCCGCGCUAUCAUUGAAAGGUAUCUUAAGCUGGGCCAGAACGUGAAAGCGAUUGACCAAGCCAUGUACGAAUGUCAUCACAUUUUGGAUUCGGUCAAGAAGAUGGGUAACAAUGAAAUGAACUGUAUGUUGGGAAAUCCUUCUACUCAGGUCCCGAUGGUAAACCAUCUUUUGCUGGAAGAUGAAAUUCCGGAUAAAUUGCCAGCAAAAUCAAAACAGCGGUCUAAAUCAACUAGCUUCAGCCAAGGAUCAAGGUCGCUGAAUAAUGCAGGCCGAGUAUUAGUCGGAGAAUAUGAUGAACGAUACGGAGGAGACAAAUGGUCCUCAAAGAAACAGGGAAAAGCGAUAACGGAAAAUAGUGAUCAGUGCAGAACCCGACCGUGGAGAGCAGCACCAAAAACUCCAACCGAAACAAUGGUUGCCAGCACCUUAGCCGACGGAUCGAGAAUCGUUGUACGUCAGAAGCGUAAUUUGUAGUUUAUGGAUGAAGUAUGUAUCGAAUUCAAACUUUUUACGGGAACCUUUCGGACAACUAACUUGUUAUGAACUGAUUAAAAAAA